AACAAGUUUAUUACUUACUGCGCUUUCUUGAAUCAUAAUCUGUUUACUGGCAAUAGCAGUUUGAAGAUUUUCAUUGGAUUUAACAUAUAACAAACAUAAUAUUGGAAUUAAUAGUAACACUGAAACAAACAUCUUGAAUAAAUUUUUCUUUUUAAACAGAAUGACACGCAUUUUAUAACAAUUAAAAGAACAUAAUCAUUAAAAAAUCAAUUAUGAACGGUACACAGAGUAUUGGUGAGAACUUUUUGACAAUAACAGUUCAACCACUAUAACAAUGCUUGGAACCUUCAGUUGAAACGUGUCCUUCCCCCACCCUAAAUACACCGGUUGAAGUAGAGUUGAGAUCUCGAACCAGAUCUCACUUGUCACCUUUACAGAACCUAAACUUCUGGGAACAAUUCACAAUUACGCUUAGUAAAGAAACGCAUUAAUGUCAAAUACAAUAUUUCGCUCCACUUUAGAAUCCGCAUUAUUCAACUCAACACAUUCCGAAGCGAGCUUGCGCACUGAUCGCAGGAACAAUUUCCACUCGUAUAUUGAUUGAAAACUCAGCUGUUACUGGCAAUCCAACCUGAAAGAAUUCUCUCUGUGUUUCCGUUGGUCGUUAAUUGCUCGAGCAGUUUUGUGAAUGUAAAUUUAAGCAUUUUUUUAUAUUUACAGCUGAUCCUUAACUGCAAAUACGUUGUCCAAAGUGUUUCCAAGCCCAGGGACAGCCCAAAGUGUCUGGAGUUCCGAACCAGGCACAGGGCACUCUAGCAAUAUGGUAUCUGGUGCAGUGGUAUCUCAUCAAAAAGAUAUCAAUUCCUUGCCUUUCUCUGAAAGCACAGAGUUCAACUUUGGACACACUUACAAAUCCAUUUUCGAUUUGGUAAGAAAUGGAGCCGUUUCCGAAAUAGAAGCUCUCGUAGAAAAAUUAGGAGCGGAAUCGUUGAGCUCAAGAGAUGAAUGGGGUUAUACACCUGCACAUUGGGCUGCUUUAGAUGGAAAUGUCGAAGUGAUGCGCUACCUGGUCGAGAGAUGCGCACCCGUAGACCUACCCUGUCUCGGAACGCAAGGCCCACGACCGAUCCACUGGGCUUGCCGAAAAGGCCACACCACUAUCGUCCAAGUCCUCCUCCAGGCUGGAGUCGCCGUGAACGCAGCCGACUUCAAAGGCCUGACGCCACUGAUGACGGCUGCCAUGUUCGGACGAGCGGCUACCGCAGCCUAUCUGCUCGGGAUGGGCGCACUCAACCACCUCACCGAUAUCAACGGGGACAGCGCCUUGCACUGGGCCGCCUACAAGGGACACCCAGAGCUGAUCAAACUGCUCAUGUACUCCGGGAUAGAUCUUCAGAAGGCAGACAACUUCGGAUCGACCCCUCUCCACCUGGCCUGCCUCUCUGGUAACGUCGGCUGUGUCAAGAUACUUUGUGAAAAGAGUAAAAUUGACUUAGAUCCUAGAGACAAAAAUGAGAAAACGCCUUUGAUGCUAGCCAAGAGCCAUCGCCAUGACGACAUCGUGAAGAUUUUAGUAACGGAAUAUAAAAGGCGACAGAGGUGGAUGCCUCCAAUCACAGAAUUAUGGGGCUUGCUGUUUGGUGGCGCUGGCGAUUCCAAAGGACCAUUGUUGUUGUUCAUCGGUUCCAUUCUCUUUUGGGAAUAUCCAAUUUAUAUCCUUAAGUGUGUUCCAGUUACAUGGAGCUUGAUCCGGGGUUCUCAUUACUGCUUCAUCUAUUGGAACCUGGUGAUGUGGCUGGCUUGGGUCGUUGCUAACCGGAGGAACCCUGGUUAUAUCCCGCAGAACUCGGAAUGCUAUUACCAGGCGAUUAAGCAGAUCCCUUAUUACGACAAGCUGAAGAGACGAGACAUCGUCCUGAGCCGGCUGUGCCACUCCUGCCACUGCGUGCGCCCACUGCGGGCCAAGCACUGCAGGAUCUGCAACAGGUGCGUCGCCUACUUCGACCACCACUGCCCCUUCAUUCACAACUGCAUCGGGGUCAAAAACAGGAUAUGGUUCUUACUGUUUGUACUGAGCGUUGCUGUUAACUGUUCUUUUGCAAUUUAUUUUGCUUGUUAUUGUAUGGCGAUUCAAGGAUUUGACCUAAUAUAUUUCAUUGGUCUGGUAGAAUCUUUAGUCUUUUGUGGUCUAGGAUGGAUCCUAACUUGUACAUCGAUUCUCCAUGCUUGCAUGAAUCUGACAACCAAUGAAAUGUUCAAUUACAAGAGGUACCCAUACUUAAGGGAUAAGAAAGGCAAAUACUUGAAUCCCUUUUCGAGAGGCCCUUUGCUGAAUUUGGUUGAGUUUUUUGUCUGUACUCCAUCUGAUUCUGAUGAACAACUUCUUCUUAUAGAAGAUUCACCAUAAAAUUUUGAAAUCUUCCAAAACUUUCUGAUGCAAAUGCUCUUGAAAUACUGCCAUUUGAGAUUUAAAGCCUGAUAUUUUGAGCACAAUUCCUAUGCCUUCACAUGCCUUAUAUACAAGUUACAAAUAAAAGGAUAAUAAAGUCUUAUUUAUUUCACAUUUUUUAA